GACUCCGCCCCCCGCAUCACACGCGUUCCUUCACAGCUGAGAAUCAGUGACAGCGGAGAGUGUGAGAGUCAGAGUGAGUGUGUUUGAGUGUGUUUGAAGAGCAGAGAUGAGCAGAGACAAGAGGAGGACAGGACAACAGCAGCAAACACCCACCGACACUGAUAUUCUGGUGGAAAUGGAUCACGGAGCCAUGAAGAAGAUCAGCUCCGUCUUCUCAACGCUUCAGGAGAAAUUACACAAAACCAAGCGCAGCUCCUCUGAUCCCGGCGUUUAUGCGUCUCCGGCCGCGGCGCCUCCUGCGGGACGAGAGCGCAGUCACAUGGGUCAGCUGUUCUUCGAGUAUCUGCUGGUGGUCAGUCUGAGGAAGAAGAGGAACGAGGAAGGUUACGAGCCCCACAUCACAUACCAGUUCCCCAAGCGUGAGGUGAUGGGGCGUCUGCAGCGUGAGGAAGAGGAGAAGUGUAUGAAGGCCGCUCAUCUCUUCUGUUUCCCAGAAGGAAUCAACUGGGCUCCUCUGACUGAAUACAGGAGCGAGACGUUCUCGUUCGUUCUGACUGAAGUGGACGGCAGCAGGAGGAACGGAUACUGCAGGAGGCUGCUGCCGGACGGGCGUGGCGCUCGUGUUCCGGAGGCGUACUGCAUCAUCAGUCGCGUGGCGUGUUUCGGACUCUUCUCAAAGAUCUUCGACGAGGUGGAGAAGCGGCGUCAGAUCUCCAAAGCCAUGAUCUACCCGUUCAUGCAGAGCCUACGGGAGGCGCCGUUACCCGCGCCCGGAAACACCGUCACCAUCAGCAGCUUCAUCCCGGACGCCGGCACAGAGAUCAUCAGCCUGACGCGGCCCGUGGAGUCGUGGCUCGAACACGUGGAUUUCCGCUCGCUCUUCCGCUGCCUGAACCACGAGGAGGUGCUGAUGGUGUUUGCCGCCGUCGUCAUGGAGCGACGAAUCAUCUUCAUCUCUGAGGAGCUCAGCACUCUGUCUCAGGUUCUUCACGCUGUCACGGCUCUGCUGUAUCCGUUCGUGUGGCAGCACACGUUCAUAUCAAUCGUUCCUACGGUUCUGAUCGACGUGUGCGCGGCGCCGACGCCGUAUCUGCUGGGAGUCCAGAAGAACAUGCUGGAUCUGCUGACGGACGACAGCGACUUGAUGAUUGUUGAUCUGUCGCCUGGAGCAGAAACUAAAUUCAUCACCAGAAUGGGAGACGAGGAGUCUCUCCUGCCGGCUAAGCUGAAGGAGGAGCUGCUGUCGUGUCUGUCCGCGCGCAAACACGACGCCUCGACGGAGGAGCUGAACAGUCUGGUGUCAGAGGCCUUCCUGUCCAUCUUCAUCAAGACCGUGGGUCAUUUCUCGCAUCAUGUCAAGAAGAGCGGGAACACGCGCCUGUUUCACAAGAAGAGCUUCCUGAAGGCCGUGGAGCACAAAUCGCACCUGAACUUUGUCAAGCUCUUCAUCCAGACGCAGAUGUUCGACCUGUUCAUUCAGGAAGAGGAAACGCAGCCCAACCCCAAUGCAUUUUUCCACCGGAAGGUGUCCGAGUAUAACGAGAGGAAGAAGAAGGAGAAGAUGAAGGCCGGAUGGGUACGAGGUGUGGUGGUGUAAGCCAAUUCAGGAGGUUUUCAUCUUCGUUCAGUGUUACACUCGUCUCAGGCUUUACUGUAAACAUUUAUUAUCACACUUCAGACAUCCUGUGAAUAUUUAAUGCUGUUUAUUUGUAUAAUGUUUUAAUGUAAUAAAAUAUAAAGUGACCUGUUA